AGCUACGAACUUCACGUCGUGCCUGGUGGAGGAACGUGAGCACCUGGCAGAACUGGAGGCUGUGCUGGGCAGCGAAACCCUUAGCUGCCUGAUGGGUGGCGUAAGGCUGCUGGCUGCCAUCAAGGAACUCAACGGCACGGCCCGGGGACUCAUCGCGGAUGCCAAAAGCUGCUCCAAACUAGACGACACGCUCGUCAAGAUUCAAUGCCGCUCGCAGCUGUUAGUGGAGCUCGGUCCAGAGCUGCUGUCGCGCACUGCAGAGCUGAAAGAGGCAGCCGCGGAAGAUGCCGACGCCGUGGCGGACCAAGUGGAAGCGCUCGUGCAGAAGUGCCUGCCGGCCGGGUCUCCGCUGGACCUCGAGGUGCAGGACCUGCUGACGGACAUGGGACGUUGCACGGCCAGCGCCGUGGCUGCCGCAGAGGGGCGCCGGGACACGCCCCGCGAGGACCUCUAACCACCUGUAGGCACGCCUCUCGUCAUAGUGCAGUAUCUGUGCCACUCAGGCAAAAUUUGUGCAGUUAUUAGACACGCAAAGUAUAUGAGCAAAUAUAUGGGUAUACGCAAUGAAGAUCAUGGAAAAAUGUUUUAAAAAAGGCAGUGUCUGUAAAUGUGUUCUCAACACGGAGUGCUGUUCCUCUAGUUUGUCAAAGUUUACACACACACGCACGCAGAGCACGCGCGCGGACUGGAGACUACAAUGCACAGUAGGAACACCAACGUUUUGCUCAACAUAAACAAAGGACACAGUCUGGACUCUCACCAUACUUUUACAGGAAUGAUCAGCAUCUCAAACUUGCAAAACACUAUUUCCUGCCGUGAUUUCUCAUUAAGUUACUGUACUUAGAUCCCUAAGUAUUGUACCGACAAAUGUAAGGAAUGGUGCGAAAUCAGCACUAGCAACUAAAAUUAUAGAAACUGGCUUAAACAACACAUUUUGUCCUCUGGUCUCACAUUGCCAUUAACUCUAAAUACUGCCUCUGUUUAAUUAAUAGCAUGUGUAAUUCUUUUUUGAUGCUAUUAAAAUGGUCCGUAAUGCUCCGAGUUA